AUGGUCGCCGUGUGGCGGUGCUUUGUGCUUCUGCUUGUGUUGCCGGAGUUCUGCACCGCGGUGCCCACAAGUGGCGCUGCGGCAGCGGUUUCAGCGAACGGCGGUACAACGCUGCUUGCAGUGCGCCGGAGCAUGACAAAAGCCCUGCCAGCCGCACGGACUAAGGUAUGGGAAGCGGUAAGCAGCACACCUGGCAGCCAUGCUUGCCGUGGCGACUCUCGUACAGACAACAGCCAGAGUUAUUACGAGGUAACUGCUGGCGUCGGCAGCCUGGAAGCCUGCCAAAGCCUCUGUGAGGAACAGGCUUCUGACUGCAAAGGCAUCGAGUACAACCCAAGUGGACGCUGCGAAGUGUGGAUGCGAAGCGAAGGCAUAGCCACUACUUCCACACCACCUGCAGCCUGGGGCAAGUUUCAAUGCCUCCGUUUCGGCUGGCCGGUCAGCAUGUUGUCUCCAGUGGAAGGUGGCGAGGACCGUGCAUGCCGUGGUGAGUCUGUUACAGACAACUCCGCAGAUUACUAUGUUCUGCAUGAUGUGCAGCACUUGGCGGGCUGCAAGGCUCUUUGUGCAGCUGCUCCUGUUUGCUACGGACUGGAGUACGGUGGAGGACGCCGCUGUGAAGUAUGGACACGCCCCAUCAUGGCGACUGCUGUGGUCUCUCGCUCCCUUUGCUUGCGCUUUGAGGUGCAGGCACACGAGCCCACGGUGAUGGCAAGCUACCAUCCGCUCUCCGGGGAGUGCGUUGAUGAUAACAUUGCUGGAGUGGCAGCGCUGGAGGAGUCUGGUGAGGUGCUGACAUGUGGCAGCUUCCCUUCAGCGACUCCCCAUCAUGCAGUUGCCUGGCUGGACAGUCAAAGCGGCGCGCUUCGGCGCGCCGUUGAGCUAUCCACGGCACCAAGCGCAUGUCAAGUCCUUGAAAGUGGGCAUGUGUUGGUCGGUAGCAGUGUGGGUUUGCAACGCUUCAGUGCAUCAGGCGUGAAAGUCUGGGAGUUAUCAGCCCUGCAGCAUGUGAAGGGGCUUUCACCCGCUCGUGGCGGCCGCGUGGCUGCUUUAACCGAGAACGGCACGGUAGCAGUCGUCACGGAAAGCGGCUCCCUUUUGGCACAUCGCCGCUUUGGAUAUGAUGCCACUACCUCUGUGGAGCUCUUUAGCGAUGGCCGUGUGGUUCUUGGGGCCUUCACCAACAACUGGGCGAGCAACCCGGUGCAGAUUGCACGUGUGGAGAUCUACAGCAAAGACCUGCAGACACGCUUGACUCAGACUUGGGGACAAUUCACUGCUGCAGAAUUGGAUGCUGCGCGCAACAUGGCAGAUACCCGGAUCUACAACCUUGCUAUCUCUGAGGACGAAGUUUAUGUUUACGCUGCUGGAGAGUCGGCGGGAGGAAAUACCAUCUUCCGCUACAACGGACGUGAUCUUGUGACGAAGACUGCGCGCGACACAGGAACACCGAUGUGGAUGGCGAAGUCGGCUGCACACAUUGGCUACGUUGCACGCAUUCGAAGCAGUGAUGGUGAGGUGGAGACCGGUACCUUCGUAGCACCAAUUCUGCAGUCCAAGAAUCGCUUGAAUACCUUCCGCACCCGCGAUGGUGGUCUAGUACAUGACGCUCGUAAUGCAGUUGUCUAUCUCACCGGCACCUCUGCCUGCUGCCUCGCGGACAGGGAAACCAUGACCUUUGCCGGACAGAUUGUCGGCGGUUAUGCCGGCAGCGAUGCCAGCCUGGUCGUGUUCUCUGAAGCUCUCGACAAGCGUCUUUUAUGGACAACAUUCGGUGCCGACCGCAACAAGGGCAAGCCAGCGACAUUAACCCUCAGCGGAAGGCAGCUAGCCAUUGGAGUCGUCAUGAACAGUGGCACGGCUAUCACUACCGAGAUGUCUGCAGUGAGGACGCCCCCGGAUUCGGAACCUUGUGGAACGAGCACAAAGCCAAACAAGGAUGCCUGGGUAGCGGUCGUGCCCGCAGCUCACCUGCUGCCCGCAUCAUAA